UCCGUACCUGCGGUCAGGAUGUUUGGUUGGGCAGCUCCGGGCGAGUUGACUGGGGCUCCCCAUGUCCUCGAUAUAAGAGCUGGGCGUAGAGUCAGGCGAUCACUCGGUCCUCCCGAGGAUGGACUCCCCAGGCUCUGAUUACAAUCAGUUUUCACCCGGAGCCCGAAUUCACUCCAAGUCGUCCGGUUAUGACGUGCUGUCGGUUCUGGGUCGUGGUGCGUUUGGGAACGUGGUUAAAUGUCGGAAGACCACCGACAAUAAAACGGUGGCUGUCAAGACCAUCAAGAACCACGGGUCAUCAGCUAAACGGGCCAUAUAUGAGAUUCUUGCUCUGUUAAAAAUAAAAAAGAUGGACGCUGACAAAUGCCACUUGGUGCAAUGGAACAGCAUCUUCAGUAUAACGGGACAUGUUUGUAUUGAGUUUGAGCUGCUGGACAAAAGUCUGUAUGACUUUGUAAAAGAGCGAAAUUUCAGCCCGCUUCAGUUGAAAGAGAUCAGGCCAGUUGUCCAUCAGCUGGCAGACAUGCUGGACCACUUGAAGGUCUUUCAGAUCAUACACGCAGACCUCAAACUGGAGAAUGUGAUGCUGGUCAACCAGGUGCAACAGCCUUUUAAGAUUAAGGUCAUCGACUUUGGCCUGGCUGCUCAGGUGUCCACUACCAAGCAGGGAUCACUCAUUCAGACACUCUCUUAUCGGUCUCCAGAAGUCUUGUUGGGUGCACCAUUCACCGAAGCCAUCGACAUCUGGUCUGUGGGCUGCAUCGCUGCUUUUUUAUACACGGGCGCACUGCUAUAUCCUGGCAAAAGUGAAUACGACAUGGUCAGAUACAUUGUGGAGACACAAGGUCAACCUCCAGAUAACGUUCUGGAAGCUGGUCUUCAAACCAGAUGCUUCUUCCAGAUGGAGCGCAAUUACAGUUGGAAGCUAAAGACGCCAGAACAGUACCAGAAAGAGACCACCUCGGUACCCAAAGAGACGAGACGCUUUAAAUUCCGCUCUCUUGAUCGCCUUCUUCAUUUCCAGCCGGGGAUCUUGAACACAAGGCACAUCGCCAACAAAGCUGCCAAGACCGCUGACGUGCAGAAGUUCGUAGACUUGCUAAAGGGAAUGCUGCAGCUUGAUGCAAGCCAGAGAAUGACGCCCCACCAGGUGCUCGAGCAUGACUUCUGCAGCAUGAGCCACCUGGAACCUCUUCAUGACACCAGCUCUCAUGCGCAAUCAUGCUUUCACAUCAUGUCCGUGUGCUCUAACAAGACCGCGCUGCAGUCGCUUGGAGGGAAGGGAUUUGACCCAUCUGGAUUGAAUGAGCCGCACGAUGACGAACCAUGCUGCUGCAGCCCUGCAUCGCCAGAGGUGUACGAACUCAUGGCCCUCAACGAGCGCUCUGACCCAAGUUGAUAUUAGGGUCGGUGUUGAGCAGGUAAUGGAAUCCUUCCACAUUAGUUACCGUUUCAAACACACCCAUGAACAGUGGUGGCUUGGUAACCCAUACAAUGUAUCCACUCAGACGAUGGAUAAGAAGGUAACGCCUAACAAAUUGAGAGAUUAAAUUUCACACACGUCUGACUGAGCUAGCCAGGCGUCACUGCUUCAAGUUGACAAAAAGGGAGUAUCCUUUUUUGGAAGUGCUUCAGCUUUCUUAUGAACCAAACAGCUUUUUGAUUGAGCAGUGUGCCUAUUGAAUGUAGCACACACAUGUGCUGAAACCUGUACAUAAAACUUACAGAAGCACAGUGUCUGUGCAUCUGUUUUGUCUAUAAGCAGUCUACUUUAUGGUUUUUAGAUUGCUGCUAGUAUAAUUCUUGGAGCUUUGAUUGUCAUAUUGAUGUGACUGAAAUUGAUUAUUGUCUAUUUGUGCCUACUGUUUACUGUUAUACUAUGUUAAAUGAAAUGAAUGCUAGCUAACACCACAGAAUGCUUGCAGGGUAGUGGUCUAUCACGGUUAAUACAAAGUAAACAUUAUGCACCUCUAGCCCAUUGGUAAGUGCACUCUUGCCCAUCUGAUAGCUAAUAACACAGCCAUUAAAUGGACCGAUAGUGUUCGCAGCUGUGUCCUCAUCUUCAUUCCGCCUCGCCCCACCAUCUAUCCCUCCUCACCUCUGUCUCCCAUUCCCGCCACCUAGCCCUUUAAUCCUCCAAUAAAACCUUAUUCUGCGUCUGCGGUUGGCUCCAGGAAAUGAACAAUCCCCCAAACACAUUUCUUGAUGAAUGUAGUGUUUCAUCACUUUGGUGCCCAUGCUUCUGAUUUGUGUGCAAGGAGACUUGGUGGUGCUGGUGCACUGGAGGCUUAGCAGAUGAAUAGUCCAUGCCUGGGAGCUGCUUAGUGCAUGGCACACAUGGGACUAGCUGGCUGUGUUGCAAUGCGACAGCUGGUUUGACUACAACUGGUGAUACAUUAUGCAAAUGAGAGAAAGUCUUCAUCUUAGAUUGUUGUAGUUGAUCAUACACUCAUCCAGAACUUGUGGUAAAUGGAUGGAAGUAGAUACAGGCAAUGAUAUUAAAGUCUACAAAGUGAUUAGAAAGUUGGAAAUUGUUUGAUUGUGUCCCUUGAGUCAUCAAUCUUUGCUCAGUCCUCUGCCCUGUCUUUGAUGUACAGUGAGGAGCAGAAGUAUUUGCACCCCUUGUGAUUUUGCAAGUUAACCCACUUAGAAAAUAGGUAGAAGUCUGAAAUUUCAAUCAUGGAUGCAUUUCCACCUAGAGACAUAAUCUAUAAAAAAAAAAAAUCCGGAAUUCAUUGUUGUUGUUUUUUUAAAUAAUUUAUUUGUAAUUUAAUGGAGUUCAUAAAUAUUUGUACCCCUGAGAAUCAGCAAUAAUUAUAACACUUCAAAGACUUGUCAGUCUGCCUGCCUUGAAACAAAGUCUACCUUUACCACAUGAGUAACCACCUACCCACCAUCCAUUUGAGCUCAUAAUUGUCACCUGUGCACCGCACAGUCAGUCUUAAUCCAACUGCUACCAUGGGCAAGACCAGAGAGCGUUCGAAAGACACCAGAGAAAAAAUUGUUGAGCUCCACAAAGCUGGAUAAGGCUAUGUGAUAAUUUGAAAGCAUCUUGGUGAGAAUAAAUCAACAGUUGCAGCAAUUGUUAGAAAAUGGAAAAGGCUAAACAUGACUGAUAAUCUACCUCAGACUGGGACUCCAUGUAAAAUCUCUGCUCAUGAUGAGAAAAGUGAGUGCUUAGCCUAGAACUACACGGCAGGAGCUGGUCAAUGACCUGAAGAGAUCUGGAUGCACAGUUUUAAAGGCUACUGUCAGUAGACAACUAUGAUGCAAUGGUCUAAAAUCAUGCAUUGCCCAGAAGGUUCCCCUGUUGAAGCCAAUACAUACAAAGGCCCGUCGGAAGUUUGCCAGGGACCAUCUGAUGGAUGCAGAGAGGCCACGGGAGAAAGCCAUGUUGUCAGAUGAGACCAAAGUAGAACUUUUUUGUGCAACCUUUAAUCACCGUGUGUGGAGGAAAAAGAAGGAUGAGUACAAUCCCAAGAACACCAUCCCCACUGUGAAGUAUGUGGGUGGAAACCUCAUGCUUUGGUGCUACUGCAUAAAGCAGAGGAUGAAUGAAUGACUUUAUCGUCAGAUUUUGAGCCACAACCUCCUUCCCUCAGUCAGAGACUUGAAGAUGAAUCGUGGCUGCAUCUUCCAACAUGACAAUGAGCCGAAACACACAACCAAGUUCUGGAGUGGCCUAGCCAGUGUCCAGACCUCAAUACAAUAGAAAAUCUUCAGAUGGAACUGAAACUUCGUGUUUCUCAACGACAGCCCCGAAACCUGACUGAUCUAGAAAACAUUUGUGUGGAGAAAUGGGCCAAGAUCCCUGUUUCUAUAUUUGAAAACCUGAAGUGUCUGACCUCUGGAAUUGCAAACAAAGGCUUCUGCACUAAAUAUUAACACUGAUUUUCUCAGGGUUACACAUACUUAUAAACAGCAAUAAAUUACAAAUAAAUUAUUGAAAAAUCAUACAAUAUGAGUUCUGGAUUUUUUUUCUAGAUUAUGUCUCUAUAAUUGGAAAUGCAUCUAUGAUUGAAAUUUUAGACCUUUCCCUAUUUUCUAAGUGGGUGAACUUGCAAAAUCACAAGGGGUGCAAAUACUUCUGCUCAUGGUAUCUGUUGGGCACACUGUCUGAUCCAUUCAUAUUUUGUUAUUCAUGUAGUGUGUUUAUUAGUUUUUUUGUAUGUUCGUCCAUAUAUCGAUAUAGUAUGCAUGGCCUCCCUGCCUGUCGUUUUGUUGAUCCAGUCCAUCCUUUAGUACAUCCAUGCAUGUACUAGUAUAUGUCAGAUGUGUGUCUGGCAGUCAGCCCAGCCAUUAUGCGUUCUAUACAUUCAUCCAGCUAUUCAUCAUUCCAUUGUUCUGUUGGUUUUUAUGUCAUGUAUUGGUCGGCCAGUUUCAUCUGUUCAUUUGCCUGAUGGUGGAUCUGAACGUCAAGCUCGCUAUGUCAGUUUCGACAGUCCAUUUGCCUGAGUGUUUGUACAUCUGAACAACAAGGUUGCUUUUCUACACCCAUCUGUCAGUCUUUCAGUUAAUUUUUUUGGUUGUUUCAUGCAACAAUUGCUGCCUGGCUAUCUAUCAUAGACUUGUCCAUUAAUUGGUUUGUCUGACAAGUCUUAACUCAUUGACUGCCAUUGAUGGCAUUAGAUGUCAAAACCAUUUUGACUGGAACAGCUGGGGGUGCUAGGAGUGAUCAUUCACAUUACAACUGACCCUACAGAUUGAUGGUCUGUCCGAGAGAGAUGACAGACACGCAGACAAACUGACUUGGGGAUAAACAGAUCUUUGGACAGCCUGACAGGCUGACAAAUGAUGGAAAAAGAUCGAUGGACAGAUUGUUAAACUCGUUCACUGCCAUUGACGGGGGUAAACGUCAAAUACAUUGUAACUGGGAGGGGUGGCAGAGGUCUUUAACUGCUUUUGCCGAUGAUAGGUGGCAAAUCCACCUUAACUGGGACAUCUGACGGUGAAUAAUCACUACCAGCCGUCUCAGUUAAAGUACAGUGAAUGAUCGUGACCAACUCUCCAAAUGGAUUUGAUGCGAGCCGUUAAUGGCAGUGAGUGAUUGCUGCCAGUUCUCUGUCAGUCAUUUUAUAUAUCUAGAGCAAAGGGUGUCAAGUCAGUUUACGUUCACCCUAAUUUGAUCUCAAGUGUGCCAGACUUGUAUGUUUGUAAAUUGUGGCCCAAUAAGCUACAAGAAUGACUGUUCCAUUUUUUUCGUGUUUGCAAUCAUAUGUUCUGUUUCGAAGCAUAUUUGCAAUCUAAAAUCAAGAAAAUGAGUGCAAUUGCAACUGUGUUUGCAUUUACAUAUGUGCCGAUUACAGAUCAGAGUGGAUUUACUAUCAGAGGACAGAUGUGCCCACUAUUUUUUUUUUUUUUUAAACGACUACUUUUCAAACAAUGAUCCAAAAUGAUUUUUUGACUUUUUGUUGGGUCUGCUGUUUACCUGAUGUUAGCUAUGAAUGUGCAGUACACUUUUGUGAUGCUGUUUUAGUUUUGUGUUCCCUGAUGAAGUUUACUUCAUUUUUUUAAGUUGUGUUGAUUUAUUUCUAGCAAAACUUGAAUUAUAGCCUUAUAUGAGAGUCCGCCGAUGCCCAGUUUGUCAUUGCAAUUUCUGUUUAGUUCUUUUCAUUCAUUAUAGACCAAUAUCAGUGCUGUUUUUCGAAGGUUAAUCUUGUUUUUCGAACUUUUCUCGUUUUUCAGUCAGUUUAUAUUUGUAUUCUUAACAUAUUUUAUUUAAAUAUAAUUAUGUGAUAUAUGUUUAUAUGUUUAGAUUGUAUGACAUAUUUGUAAACAAUAAAUAAACCCUAA